AAGUCCUAGAUCCUUGUUCCACCUCCUCUGUACCUCAGAAUAAGGGAAUCCUGAGGGAAACAGCUCACACAGGCACAGUGCCGGGUUCUUGCCAUCCCCCGGGUUUUCCUCAGGGUCCUCCAACCCCCCACCUCCGAAGUCCUGGCCAGACUUCGGGGGAUUCUUCCCCGAACCCUGUUUCCCCCACCCCAAAGUCCCCGGUUGUCAAACCCAAAGCUGAGUUCUUAGUUCCAGAGGGUGACUACUCUCAGACUCUGUCUCAAAAUGGCUCCCAUGGAGCUCAAGAUGGAGGUGGCCACAUGGCUUUUCCCUCCAAAACCCUGUCUUCUUCCCACAAUCCUUUUCUUUUUCCCUCCAAGCCUGUUGUCCCCUCCCCUCCCCUACAAAACCCUGCCCACCCCUGCUUCGCUCCACCCCUUGUUCCUCCACCCUCUUCCACGCCCUUUCCUCCUCCCCCUCCCCUAGCCCCGCCCCCAAGUUACCACCCACAGGCGGAGCAUGUCCCAGCUCUCGACUCCGCCCAGGCUCCCAGCCCCACCCAGGUUCCCACGCAAUGCCCCUCCCUCCCCUGCUCUGGUUCCCACGCCCCACCUCCUGGUUCCCACAACCCGGUUCCCGGGGGGGGGGCAGGGUUGGAGAACCGGAACACAGGGCUUGCACCAGUGAUCACUGCAGCCCCUGUCACAUACCAGCAGGAGGGACAGGGACCGGUCAAAGCGCAGUGGACCCCAUUCCCCCACUCCACCAUCAAGGAGCUGUGCAAGGCUCAAAAGGAGUUCUCCCGGGAGAGUGAAUAUUUCCGGGGACUCCUUCGAGCCUCUUUAUUAGAAACUAAUGUUGUUCCUGCUGAUUUGCGGACACUUUUUUCAUGUCUCCUCAACCCCACUGAAUUCGGGGUAUGGGAAGAGGCAUGGAAAAAGGGAAUAAGGGACAUCCUCCCAGACUUAUGGGCAGAUACCCAAACUAGCACAAUCCGUGGUGGUGAAGCGGUGUGUACCGAGCACCUUAUCGGUACCGGAAAUUGGGCCGACGGGGCGAUCCAAGCAAGGGAUAUCCCCCGUGCUGUGCUCCGGGAAAGCGCCAAGGUAGCGGAGCGGGCUUUCCUAUCAUUGAAGACUGCAGUACCAUCUCUUACAUUUUCUAAAAUAAUCCAGGGCAGUGAGGAGCCUUUUAUAAUCUUUGUCGAGCGUCUCCGCAGGGCUAUAGAACAGCAAGUCCACAGCGAGAGCGCUCGACCGAGCGUCCUGCUCGAGAUGGCUGCCGCCAAUGCAAACACCGCCUGCAAGGCAGCCAUCCUCAGCCUGCCCUUGGACCCGCCUCCCACCAUCCAGGCAAUGAUAGAGGUUUGCCAGACGAAGGUUCCGGUCAUCACUCGGCAGGACACUGACACCAAGCCAUCGCCCCGCCGGGUGUCCUUCGCCGAACCAAGGAACUUCUUUGAAGCAAUGCCCGCACAGCCACAAUGGACUCCUACCCUGCCAAGGCCGCCGCCGCGUGGACAGUGCCACCUCUGUGGCAACACCGAACACUGGAUGCCGGACUGCCCACUCCGAACUGAGUUUUAUGAGUUCAGGAGGAAGCAGACGGCAUCCCAGGAGGGUUUUAAAAAAGAUCAAAAAAACUAAGGCAGAAGCGCAGCCCCUCCCUGCGCGAGGACAAAAAUGGGGCGGGUGACUCAACAUCUAAGAAAGGGGAUUUGGGGAGGGGAUCCCAAUUUACCCACCCAACUCUUCAACACAAUUUACCAGACUUAAUUUCUUGCAAAACGCCGAUUCUUACGUCUCUAACUACCUCCUCUUUGGUUUCGCCCUACAGGUUGCAGUUAGUCGAGUCAGUUAAGAUCAUGGACUCCCAGUGCCAUCUUGCGAUGGUCGCACCUCAGACACCAGUUGGACCCUUCUUCAUCAUGAUUUCGCUUCUGUUGAUGAUCCACCCAGCCGACCCCUGGAUCGUUCCCCAACCAAAGGCGAAUGUCUGGCGAACCUUGGCUCAAGCAAUGGGGCAAGACCACCUUUGCCUAUCAACAGCUUCUGCAGCAGACCCCCUCUCGACUUGUCUUGUGGGAAUUCCAUUUGGGUUGGAUGAUUUUCCCCCUCCCUUACUCCCCCACCUAAAGCACCUGUUUCCGGAGUUCGACCCUGUUGGUUCCAUCAAUCCCAGUUACUGGUGGGAAAAAAUCAUGAAACUUCUUAAUUAUACCACUGAUGAGCCCACGGAAUUCGAGCUGCUCGGCUCCGCACGCGCCUCCCUCUGCCUCCAUUUCCUCCCUCACCAAGGUGCGAUCCCAGACCGGGUGGUACACUUUAAGAAUGAGAGAUAUCAAACAAAGAACUGGUGCAAUUUCACCACCACCGUUUAUGUUCCCAAUACCUUUUAUUUGAAACCUGCACUCCUCCCUAAAGGCGCGUUCCUAAUCUGCGGUAACCGAGCGUGGGCUGUAAUUCCCCCUCGCCUGUCCGGAGGGCCCUGCACUUUUGGGCGGUUGACGCUGCUUACCCCCAACUAUACUCAAAUUCUCAAUUGGAAAAGGAAAAAUGUCACACAGGAUUUGGCCAGAGUUAAGAGAGACACCCACAAAAUUGACCCAGAAUGUGACACCGAAAUUGUUCAUUGGUCUAGACCCAGAAAUAUUGCGGUUUCGGUAUUUUUGCCGUGGGUGGCCGCAGCUAAAGCACUAGGGGAAUUGGGCAACCUCGAGUGCUGGGUGGCGAAGCAAGCAAAUUUGACCUCAACUGCCCUAGCGGACCUCCUAGCUGACGAGGAAACAACGAGGAAAGCGACCCUCCAAAAUAGGGCGGCAAUCGAUUUCCUUUUGUUACUCCACAACCAUCACUGUGAGGAGUUCGAGGGGCUCUGCUGCAUGAACCUGUCGUCACGAGCCGAGGACGCCAGACACACCAUCCGCCAGAUGUCCGAGGACGUCAACAACAUCCGACAACAGACCUCGGACUGGUUGGGGGACUGGCUAUCCAAAAUGGGAGUGACAGGCUGGGUGGGCUCCAUCAUUCGUACCAUUUUAAUUAUUAUCUUCGUUUUGCUCUGUUUAAUUUUUGGUUUCUGCAUAAUCUAUAAGUUACUGACCAGAAUUUUGUUUGCCUCAACCCCCCAAAUCAACCAUGUUGAGGCUCCUGCUGACCCUGCUCUCAUCCCUGAAGAACCUUCCUGUGAAAAGACGCAUUGGGAGCAAGCCCCUCAAUCCUCCCUAUGGUUUUCAGUUACUACACCAGUUUAAGGACAAUUUCAGUUUUAUUUUUAUUUUAAACAAAGAAGAGGGAGAUGUUGUGGUGCAGGGUUCAUUUGGUUUCUUCCGUUUCCCCCUAAAGUUAUAAUGGUUCGGUCCUAGGGUUCCCCCCCCCACCUCCCCUGGCAACCCCUCCUUUUGAGAGUAUCAGUUUUUUGUCUCCACCCCUGUUCCCCUGGUUACCCUCUGUCAAUCCCUCCCUGAGUUCCUGUCCAUCAGCCACUGUCCCCUUCCCUAUUUCCAGAAAGUUCUCCCCUCCUCGGUGGGUGACUGGAUCGGGAACAAGGGUCCCUCCCUGUCACAUUCCCUAUUGGCGAGCCGGCAUGUUUGUCACGGGUUUGUUCCGUCCCAAGUUCUCUCUCAUUGGUUGAAAUGUUCUAUGUUCCGUCCCUUUAUAAUCGGCUGUACCCCUGCCUCGUGGUCCCGACUCGGCUGGCGUUCCCUGGAGACAUUAAAGCACUCUGGACUUUGCCCUGA